AUGAGAGAUUUCGAAGACAUCACUCAAGAGCUUGGCCUUCAAGAUCAUCCUUAUUUUGGGCCUUCAUUCACAUGGAGCAACAAGCAGCAUGAAACUUUUCUAGCAAGGAAACUUGAUAGGGUCUUGAUCAACCCCUAUUGGUUUAGUUCAUUUCAUCAAUCAUUUGUUGAAUUCACUACUCCAGGCAUCUCUGAUCAUUGCAUGGCCAUUGUUUGGCUUUCUAAAGAGAUUUCUUGUAAUAGAUCGAAGCCAUUUAAAUUCUUUAACUUUUGGACCAUUCACUCGAGCUUCAUGAACGAGGUUAAGCAAUCGUGGAACUUAAAUAAAGAUAGCUUCAGCGAUCUCUCGGCUCGAGUAAGACAAAAGGGACUUGAGUUGGAGCUUCAACAACUUCUUACUUUAAAAGGAGAGGAUGUUAUUGAAAAUGAGCAAAUCUUACAAUCUGAGCUAAGCACUCUUGAAGAUGAAGAAGUAAUGUUUCUCAAACAAAAAGCCAAAGUGCAGUGGCUUAAGGAAGGAGAUAAAUGUUCUAAAUUCUUCUACUCGCGGGUUGUAAUUAAGAAUAAAAGAGAUACCAUUCGGGUUCUUGUAAAUGAUCAAGGUAACAGACUUGAAACAUUUGAUGGAAUGACAGCUGAAGUAUCUUCUAGUCUUGUUAAGGAAGUAACCAAAGAAGAGAUCAAGGAAGCCAUUUUUAGCCAAGGAAACGAUAAAGCUCCUGGUCCUGACGACUUCACCCCUUUUUUUUCAAGAAAACAUGGCCUAUUAUUGGGAGCUAGAGGAAUAAGACAGGGCGACCCUUUUUCACCCUUCUUAUUUGUCCUUACCAUGAAUAUGUUAUCUAGAAUGCUCAACUUGGCAGCUACAAGAGGAAAUGUGGAUUCUAUAGUUGGAGUCAUUAGUGUUUUAGAUCAAUUCUAUGAUAUGUCUGGUCUCAAACUCAAUGCAUCCAAAAGUGAAUUUUUUGCUGCUGGAAUCUCUUCAAGAACUUUAGAUGAUAUUAAGCAGAUUUCUGGAUUCAAAUAUGGUAUCUUGCCAGUAAGGUACUUAGGAGUUCCAUUAGUCACUCGAAAGCUCUCCGAGAAGGAAUGCAAUAUUCUAAUUGAGAAAAUUAAAGCAAGACUUCAUCAUUGGGCAGAAAAAACUCUGAGUUAUACGGGCAAACUUGAACUCAUUCGUUCUGUUCUAUUCAAUAUGGCGAAUUAUUGGUGUAGUCAGCUAAUCCUUCCCCAAUCUAUCUUAAACAAGAUUGAUCAACUAUGUUCCCAGUUUUUCUGGAAAGGAACAAAUAAAGCUGCUUCUGGAGCUAGGAUAAGUUGGGAGAAAGUCUGUCAAUCAAAGUCAGAAAGGGGGAUAGGAAUUAAGAAUACUAAAUCCUGGAAUAAAACUUGUCUUUUGCACCUCAUUAGGAAAAUUAUCUCGGGUGAAGGCUCAUUAUGGGUUGUUUGGCUAAAAGAAUAUGUUUUGAAAGAGACAAACUUUUGGAACCUGCAAAUUCGACCUAAUACAAGCUGCUGUAUUCGACUAGCCGAGAGCUCCGCCCUAGAAAUCCUCCUCGAAGAUCCGCCUGGAGGGACUUGCACUGCAACCGCCGAUCAUGCUGACCACGCUGCCUGA